GACACAGAAGCCACCGAGCCACUGAGCCACAGGAUGAGAAGAAGAGCAUGACAAGGAGAUGCGGAGAGUGGUCGUGACUGGGCUGGGAGCUGUGACGCCCCUGGGUGUUGGUAUGUUGAUGAUUCCAUUCCCACUUACCUACAGCUGCCGCGCAUGAGGUUGAUGGUCGGUGUCGUUCUCAGGAGUCAGACAAACAUGGUCGCGGAUUCUACAGGGCCACUGCGGCAUCGUCUCAACACGCCAACUCGGAGAUGAGUUCAAGGCGCUUCCAAGUCAAGUCGCCGGUCUGGUCCCUGUUCCCAAACCCGACUCAGAGGUAGAGCAAGGGGUUUGGAGAGCUAAGGAUCAUGUCUCGUCCACGGAACUGCGCCAAACUGCCAAAUUCGCACAAUAUGCUCUUGCGGCGUCAGCCGAAGCAUUGCAGGAUGCCGGCUUCAAAGACGGCAAUGGUCUUGAUCCGGAGAUGACGGGCGUCUGUCUCGGCUCCGGAAUCGGCAAUCUGGAAGAUCUCUACAACACCUCAGUGGCAUAUCACCAAGACAAGAACUAUCGCAAGAUCCACCCGCUUUUCGUUCCCCGACUGUUGAUCAAUCUGGGAGCCGGGCACAUAUCCAUGCGCUACGGUCUCAAAGGCCCUAAUCACGCUGUCACCACCGCCUGCACCACCGGCGCCCACAGCCUCGGGGACGCUUCGCGCUUCAUCAAGUCGGGGGAAGCAAAUGUGAUGAUAGCCGGGGGUGCGGAAUCGUGUAUCCACCCGCUCGCGAUAGGCGGCUUUGCCCGGUCGAGGAGCUUGGUGACCAAGUUCAACGACGAGCCAUGGAAGAGUUCAAGGCCGUUUGAUGCGGACAGGGCAGGGUUUGUGAUCAGUGAGGGCGCAGCUUGCAUUGUGCUCGAGGAAAUGGAGCAUGCCAAAUCCCGUGGCGCCACUAUCUACGCCGAACUCGUCGGCUACGGCAACUCAGCAGACGCUCAUCACCUCACGGCGCCGCUUGAAGAUGGCGCCGGAGCCCUCCUAGCCAUGCACAAGGCCCUCAAACAGGCCCAAAUUCCCCCGUCUAAAGUGGACUAUAUCAAUGCUCACGCAACUUCCACGCCAUUGGGGGACCAGGCUGAGAACCAGGCAAUGAAGACACUUAUGCUGGGGGAACAGGGCAGGAAAUCUGCCAAGGAGAUCAACGUGAGCAGCACCAAGGGUGCAAUUGGCCACCUUCUAGGCGCCGCAGGAGCAGUAGAGGCUUUGUUCACUGUUCUGGCCAUAUACGAGAAUACCUUGCCGCCAACCAUUAACCUUGUCUCCAAAGGCGACGAGUUCGACUGCAACUAUGUUGCCAAUACAGCGCAACAGGCCGAUGUCAACGUCGCCUUGACCAACAGCUUUGGGUUUGGGGGGACUAAUGCGAGUCUCUGCUUCCAAAAAUGCAGAUAAAACUCAUUGUCCAUGGGGGACACCGUGAUGCCCGCAGCAACCACAACACGCGUCCACCACAAAUCAUGUCUCUAUGCGACAUCAAUCGAGGUCUUUCGGAGAGGCGCCUUCAAUCCAGGUUGAGCCAUCCCAAUGCCUGUCGUUAUAGGCGAAGCAGAUAUCGCCGUGGCAAACGUUUCAUGGAUCGCCGACUGCGGGACAGCACUUCUAGCACUCUCCGGAGGAACACUGAACAAGCCGCCGGAUCGGUUACCACUCAUGGCGUUUGACAGCAUUUCCUUCAUCCGGACCAGCUGGUAUUUCCGGCGUGUUGGGAAUAGUGGUUUCGUGACGAGUGGUUGGGGUCGAGUAAGGCUUCUGGCAAUGGCUGUCAUGACCGAGUCUCGCUCUUCGUCCGAAUCAACUGGACCAGUCAAACUGGGGUCGAGAUCCUCUUCGAGGAGAGCAGGCGCAUUGGCAUCCAGCGCGGCCUUCUGCUGGCGUGCCUGAUUCUUUUUCUGGUAUGCAGCAAGCAACAUGUCGUAAGGUAGACUUCUCCCGGGGACAGCCCGCUUUGCUCCCAUGGAGUGGCUUUUGCAUGUUAAACUCCUUGCGCACUGUCCACCGUUUGGCAGUUGGACGCCGCAUUGUUUCUCG